UCUGCUGUAGCCAGGCAGAGGGAAUUACAGGGGUGGGACAGAAGGAGGGCGCAGAAUCUGGUCUGACUGGUCUCCAUGAGCAGCUCUGGGCGUUAAGGAAAACCUUCAAAUAUUUUCAGUGAUCACAACUCCAGGCUACAAGAAACAUUUUUUAAUUUCUUUGCAGGAAGAAACAUUAAAAUGAAGACUUUGUAUCCACUGUUUAUCCUGCUGGUGGUGGUGGUGAUCACUUCCCUUGGAGACCAGCCACAUAAAGCGGUGCAGAGACGCCGGCGGCGGCAUGUAGAUACACCAGACAGCCUUCGCCCACUGCGACGUUCCAAGAGAAGAUGGGUCCUGACCACAAUAGUACUACAGGAGAAUGACCCAGGACCCUUUCCAAAAUAUGCUGGAGAUCUCUUCAAUGACAGAUCACAGAACCACUCCAUCCGGUAUCUUAUCAGCGGGCCUGGAGUGGAUGAAGCCCCAGAAAUUGGCCUGUUCCAGAUCAAUGAUGUCACCGGUCAGGUUUUCGUGAACCGUCCUAUUGACAGAGAACAGACAUCCCUUUUUAUUAUCCGCUUUGAUGUUGCAGACAGAACCACUGGGAAAAUUUUGGACAGGUCCCUUAUCUUUAAUGUAGAAGUAAAGGAUCUAAAUGAUAAUGCCCCGACAUUUGAUAACAAGACAUAUGAGGUUACGGUAAAAGAAACAGCCAAUUUGGAUAAUGCAAUACUUCAGGUUACAGCAGUAGAUCAAGACAAGGAAGACACCCCGAAUUCUAAAGUUUCCUAUUUUUUGGUUAACCAGAUUCCUGACCUUCCUAAUAUGAAAUUUAGUAUAGAUGCUAACACUGGAUUGAUCUUCGGAAAAGGCUGCUUAAAUUUUAUGAAUGCAAACCUCAUCCGGCUUAUCGUAGGGGCUCGAGACCAAGGAGCUGAACCCAUGGCAAGCACAGCUACUAUUAUUAUCCGUAUUGAGGAUGGGAAUAACAACAUGCCUGUGUUUACCACCAGCAAAUAUGAUCUAAGUGUUCGAGAGGGAGAAGUCAAGAAUGACUCUGUACGGUUAAAAGUUGAAGACAAGGAUUCGCCAAAAACGCCGGCUUGGAAAGCCAAGUACAAGAUAUUAUCUGGAAAUCAUAAUGAAAAUUACAACAUAGUGACGGAUCCACAAACCAAUGAAGGAAUUUUCAGUAUUAUAAAGCCUCUGGAUUUUGAAGGAACUCCGACCAAAACAGUUGUUAUAGCGGUGGAGAAUGAAGAGCCGUACUUUUCAUGUCAAGCAUCAAGUAACAAACUGAGGAUGGACAAAAAAGUAACCCAGAAUAAUGCAACCAUCAGCAUCACUGUCAUAGACUCCAAUGACGCUCCAGUUUUCUCUCCUCCAAGUAAAGUCAUAAGAGAAAAAGAAGGUCUGAAACCGGGGACAGUCCUGGCGACGUUUAAUGCAACCGAUUAUGAUAAGGUGCCAAAUAAGAUCAGGUAUAAAAUAGCUGAAGAUCCUGCAGAUUGGGUGACCAUUGAUGAAAUUACGGGACGUCUUACAACAAAAAAAGAGCUUGACAGAGAAUCUCCCUUUGUUAACCAGACCUUAUACAAAAUAGUCGUUCUUGCUGUAGAUGACGGUGAUCCUCCAGCAACUGGAACAGGUACAGUUCUCCUCUAUCUGUCCGAUGUCAAUGACAACACCCCAGAGUUGGUUACACCAUACAUUGAAAGAUGUGCGAAGCAACUUGGCGAGCCGAUCACCCUUGAGGCUAUGGACAAAGAUCUGGAUCCGUAUUCUGGACCAUUUAAAUUUGAGGUUCCAGCCGAUCAUUCCAAAAGGGUGAAGGAAACCUGGGACAUCCAACACAGAUCUGACAGUUCUGCUGAUAUGUUAAUGCUAAAAAGCCUCGACGUUGGAAACUAUAGCAUACCCCUGGAAAUUUAUGACAGACAAGGAUUUUUUAGAGCCCAAACCCUUAAUAUACGGGUGUGUAGCUGUCUGGAUGGAGAUAUUUGUGAGAAGAUGCAACCAGCCUCAUAUCAAAUGGGUGGCGGGGCUAUAGGGGCCAUCAUUGGAGCCCUGCUCUUUUUCCUGUUGGCAUUAUGCUUGCUUAUGUGCUUUCUCUGUGGCUCCGGUGGAAACAAAAAUCAAAAAUUCCCUGCAAAUGACGAGGGCAACCAGACCCUGAUCCAGUACAAUGAGGAGGGUGGAAGUGUACUAUCUCAGGCAUCCCCAGCUGUUCUCAUGGCUAAUGGAAACGGAACUAUUGAUCUUGCUAUAAAGGAUAAAGAAGCAGUCGGAAGAACCCUCUCAAGUACACUUCCAAAGGCUCAAUAUCAAGCUUGGGAAGCACAAGCAGCUGGGAAAUCCCCCCCAGUACGGACACAGUAUCAGGCCUAUGAAAUGGAUGGCGCUGGAUUUGGAAGAUCGGCCUCUAAAAGGCAAAGUCAGGCCUGGGCACAGGGACAGACAAUGCAGGGUCUGAAUGGCACAUGGCACCAGGGAAACCAGACCAUGCAGAGUCAGAAUGGCACUUGGCACCAGAAUAGCAAAUACACAAAGAAUGGAUCCCUUAAGAACAGAAAUGAACAUGUUUUCGUAGAAAGAAUUGGAGAAAUGCUCAGUCAGAGACUACAGGGCUUCAAGGGUGAGGAUGAGAUAAGUACAUACAAGCCCGUCACAUAUGCCUACGAGGGCGACCUGGAGCGGAUCGACUCACUGGACUCUUUUACCUUACCGGAUAACAACAUGGACUUUAGCUUCCUGGAUGACUUUGACCCAAAGUUUUCUGCACUGGAAGAGAUCUGCAAGCAAUAAGACUGUACCGUCUGGACUGUUUCCACUCUGCCUGCUAUUGCACUGAACGAUUCUGGGGAAUGUAUCUGAACAGAAUCUCAAAAAAGCUUAUUUAGUGAGAGGUUAUGGGUAAUCAUUGCUUUGCUAUAGAUGUUUUAUUAUGCGCUGUGAAUUGGGUUUCUUUUUAGCACAAAAAUGAUGAAGGGGAUGAAUGGGGAGAUGAGACAAUCCCUGGUCACUAAGUGAUAGACCGCUGGGAUUGACUGCUGAGAACAUCCCUGGACAGGCUGAUGUCUUGAUUGAAUAGGCAGGAGCUAUGGAAAUACGAUGCUAAGGAUCAAGUCUAGACAAGGUAGACUGAUUACUUAUAUAGUGUAGAAGACUGAAAGAUGGCUGAUGGGAAGACCCUGGGGUGAAGACCGAUACCGAAACAGUCCUCACUCUCAUGACUACAGACAGACAUUAUAUCUAGCUUCAAGAACUGGCAAAAGUGACAAACUAAGGUGCAUAUGGAAAGAGGCCAGACAUGUAUGACAUUUAGGGUAAAGGGGCUCUUCAAACUAGGAAGUAGAAUAGGCAUAAUAUGGUAUCGUAGAUGUAUUGCUAUAAUCCAGUAGGGAUUUAGCAGUGCUAAGAGUUAUUUAAACAUAUAUACGUAUACUUAAACAUGUCUGUUUUAGUAAAUACUUGUACUACCGUAUAUACUCGAGUAUAAGCCGACCCGAAUAUAAGCCGAGGCCCCUAAUUUCACCCCAAAAACCCAGGAAAAGUUAUUGACUCGACUAUAAGCCUAGGGUGGGAAAUUCAUCAUCCCCCCCUGUCAUCAUCCAGACUCCUGUCAUUAACACCCCCGUCAUCAUCACUCCGUCAUCAUCCCCCUCGUCAUCAUCCCCCCCCCCCUUCAUCAUCACCGCUUGUCAAUCCCUUCAUCAGUGGUCUUCAAUCUGCGGACCUCCAGAUGUUGCAAAACUACAACUCCCAGCAUGCCCGGACAGCCAUCGGCCACUUCGUCAUCAUCCAGACCCCCCUUUAGUUUCCUACUCCCCUCGGUGGGAAGGAAGGGUGUGCUGGUCCGGACCAUCUAUGCUGCAGAGAAGCUGUCCAUCUUCCCCGGGAAGCCCUCUUCU